AUGAGGUUGCAGUACAUAAACCUGAAGAUGAACCCAGUAGCUCCCACUAGUAGAAGCAGCGCGGCCUAUCCACGCAAAAGAGCUGUCACUGCCUGCCAGGUGUGCCGUUCCAGACGCACCAAAUGCGACCAAAAGAAACCCCGCUGUUCAUUCUGCGAAAAAACCGGCGCCGAAUGUGUCUUCGAUCCCACAGCGUUGUCUACAUUUGACCCGGCAAGCCUCGCAAUUCUCGACCGUCUAGAGGCCCUUGAACAGAAGACUGAUUCGUUUCAACAGCAACAACAGCCAGUCCCAGCUCUGGUCCCUUUCCCCACACUCAAUCCCAAUAAUGAUUCGAGUACCGCGUAUACGAUCGCCAAAGAGCCUCAGCACCCGGAGAGCUUGCUUCCAGAAAAUCUUGAUACUGUCCUGAAGUGGCCGAUCUUACAGGAUGUAAAUUACCAAAUGACCCAAAGCCCUGAUAUUCCCAAUCCAUCAAGUGAUAACGCCUCGCCCGCUCAACCCUCCCCGGACGGCGAUGAGCUGAAUCCGAAGAUCACCAACGCAUACCUGGACAAUUUCUUUGCCCACGUUCAUCUGAAGAACCCAGUACUUGACGAGCCGUAUAUUCGACGCCUUGUUCUCUGUGCAAACAGAGCGAUCACCGGCCCUCUAUUAGCCCCAUCCAUAUCCGCCGAAGAUCUGCGCAUUGGCCGUAUGCCAGUUUCAAAUUCAUGGGCGAAGCCACCCAGACAGGCACACCAGCUGAAGAAAGCAUCUACUGGUCAUCGUGGAAGCCUGAACGAGAGCUCCGGGUGGGAGCUAGGCCUCCCUGAUUUUGGAACGCGAAUAUCCUUAGAACCGCCCCAGCGUUUUCCCACUUUACCCCUUACAGAUGACGAGGAGAUUCUCCGCGCGUGGUACUUCUACCUCUCCGAAAUCUGGCUCUGGCGGCUCGAGACGGAGAUUAGGAAAGACAUGACUACCCGCCUAUCUGAGCUAAGCAAUAAUAGCCUCAGUGACCUGGCAGACAUCAGUGAGAUUUAUAAACAACACCUGGUCGCCUGUCUUCAUUCCCUGCCAUCGACGGUUAGCAUCUCCGAUCCUCCUUGCCAGACUCCCGAAACGGAUGUCCUUCGGUUCAUCCUCCAAGGUCGAUCAAUAUAUGUCAAUGAAUUGAUUACUUGGCCAUACAUCGCAUACGCUGUGAAUGACGUACAUUUGGGACACACUGCGCAUGGAUGGGUCUCAAAAGGCCUUCAGAUCCAUCUGGAGAGAUUGGAAGUCAACCAGGCUGGAUUUUAUCACUGCCACCAUGGAACCUGGUUGAUGAUCCCGACGUCUGCCAGAAGUGCGUGUAUUCUACUCGCUGUUGCGAGGUCUAGUAUGCGCGAUCUUCUACCUGGUGGUUGGAAGGAGGCGGUGGAGGCUACGGUUAAGAUGCUCGAGUUUUGGCAAUCGGAUGUUGAGGGUCUGGCUGCUUUGGCUUCCUUUUUGCGGUAUCUGUUGUCCCAUGUUGCUUAA